AUGCAGGAAGAGCGUGUUGACUGCGCCGCCCACAGCGAUGAUGGAGAUGUCGCGGCCCUUCGCCUUCAGGGCGCUGGCGACUUUCUCAAGCCCUUGCGUGAUUUUGUCCGCGGUAAGGACGUCUUCGGGUUGGCCAGGACGAUUGACGAGGUCGCUGAGCGUAAUUGUGUCGCUGGCGGAGAGGCAGUUACCCAUUGUCUUUUGGGUGCACAAUCGGAAGGUGCUGGGCUGGGUCUAUGGGAAUUUGACCGGUGA